AGAUUUUUCCUCCAAAAGAAUUUUAUUUUAAAAAUCUGAUUUAAAUUUAAAAACUUGGUAGGAGCAAAAACGAGUGCUGUGGAUCAGGGAACAGUUUUCCGACCAAGGGAAUGCGGCCAUUGUCAUGGACUGGUUGUACCCCAAGGAAUGGUGGGAGGAACCAGCUGGUGUCGGUGGGGCAGGGCCCCAUUUUCCCAAAUGCACCAGCCUCCACUGUUUGACUGAAAAGAUUGGUAGGAUUCUGGCCCAAUCAGAGCACAGUCUCUAUUGUCUUUUAUUUAUGAUUUUCAGUUAUAUGUAUUUCAAUAGUUUUACAAUCAUUCUAACAUUUCAAAAUUCGACUUCCUCCUCUUUCUGUUGUUCCUUAUUAUUUUUUUUACAUUUCCUGCAUAUUCUAAGUUUAUUCUUUUAUUCAUCUACUUUAAAUAUUUGCUUUUAUGAAACUGUAGGUUAUUACAAUAUUUUUUUUUUUUAAAGCAAUUUAUUGGGUUUUACAAUAAAGAUAAACAUAAUAAACAAUAUAACAUUUGUCUUAACAUAGUUUCACAUUUUCUUUGGACUUCCUCACAUCCCCCGCUCCCACUUUCAUCGUUAUAACAUUUUGUCAGCAAUUUAUCAUCUUAUUUAAAUUCUUAUAUCUCUUCAAUGUUUCAUAAUCUUAUAGUUCUCAUAAAGAGUUAAACUUUCACAGUCUUACUUAUUUUCUUAAAAACUUCUAAGUUAAGUGGUGCUCAGUUAUUUAGUCUAGCAUCUUAUUUAGCAUUCACUCAAAUCACAAUAUUUUUGUAGAUAGUUCUUAAAUUUCUUCCAAUCCUCCUCGAUUCUCUCUUCUCCCAGGUCACGGAUUCUGCCGGUCAUUUCAGCCAGUUCCAUGUAGUCUAUCAGUUGCAUCUGCCAUUCUUCCAGUGUGGGUAAAUCUUGAGUUUUCCAAUGUUUUGCAAGAAGUAUCCUUGCUGCUGUUGUUGCAUACAUAAUUAAUGUCUUGUCCUUCUUUGCCACCCCUUGGCUGACAAUACCCAGAAGGAAAGCCUCUGGUUUCUUGGUAAAGGUAUAUUUAAAUACCUUUUUCAAUUCAUUAUAAAUCAUUUCCCAGAACGCCUUCACUUUAGGGCAGGUCCACCAGAGGUGGAAGAACGUUCCCUCACACUCUUUACAUUUCCAACACUUAUUAUCAGACAGGUGGUAAAUUUUUGCAAGUUUAACUGGGGUCAUAUACCAUCUAUAAAUCAUUUUCAUUACAUUUUCUUUUAGAGCGUUACAUGCAGUAAAUUUCAAUCCAUUACUCCACAACUUUUCCCAGUCCUCAAACAUAAUAUUAUACCCAAUGUCCUGUGCCCACCUUAUCAUAGCCGAUUUAACCAUUUCAUCUUGUGUAUUCCAUUCCAACAGCAAGUUAUACAUCCUUGAAAGUACCUUAGUCUUUGGUUCUAACAAUUCUGUUUCUAAUUUCGAUUUCUCCACCUGGAACCCUAGUUUCUUAUCAUUUUUAAAAACUUCUUUAAUCUGAGCGUAAUGUAACCAAUCUCGCACUUUGUCUUUCAUUUUCUCCAAACUCUGCAAUUUCCAAUUGUCUCCAUCUUUUCUAGUAUUUCCUAAUAUUUUGGCCAUUUAGCCUCCAUAUUGGGUCUUUUCGGCCUUAGCUUCCAAAGGUGAAAGCCACCUUGGUGUUUUAUUUUCCAGCAAGUCUUUAUAUUUUGUCCAGACAUUAUACAAUGAUUUUCUGACAAUAUGGUUCUUGAAGGCCUUAUUUGCUUUAACUUUGUCAUACCAUAGAUAUGUGUCAGGGAACUGCCAUCGGAAGGAAGGGAGGUGAAAGGACUCAGACAGGUUGGAAGAGAUUCAGCAGCUGAAGAGGGAACCAGCAAGGGGAGAGAAGCUGAACUGAGGGAGGUGAAAGGGCUCAGACAGGCUGGAAGAGACUCAGCAGCGGAAGAGGAAACCAGCAGGGGGAGAGAAGCUGAACUGAGGGAAAGGGAGCUGGGGGGAUGGCUCAGAGAUACUUCCAGCGAAAACAGUGGUGAGGCUUCCGGACCUCCUGUAGCGACACCCACUCCUCGCCGGAAACUGUCACGCAGAGAGUCCAGAAGACGUGUUUCCGUUAAGGAGCUUUUAUGUUGGAAGCGAUUACGAAAGCAACCACUGUCGGAAUCUUCUAGUGACUAGAGGAGCCAUGUCAGAGGGGCUCAGUCACAGACAGAGGUUUGUGGACUUGAACAAACUCUGAGGGAAUACGAUUUUACGCACAAGCAGCUCAUAAUCCCAUCACAGCAUUCCGACAGUCUUUGAACGCAGCUUGUGCAGGAGAAGGCAUAAUGAGCAACCCAGCAGGAACCGGAGAAGCAGGGGCUGGAGCGGGUCCAAGCCUGGAAGAAAGGUACCGGGUGUUGGAGGUCCAGCUGGCGCUGCAGACGGCGAGGCUGGAGGAGAGGAGGGCUCAAGAUGCAGACAAACGGGAGCAAGCCACCCAGCUCGCCAGAAAGGUACCAGGAUUGGUGCAGAAAUUUGGGGGGGAGCCCAAAGACUAUCAUAGCUUUCGGACAGAAAUGCAAUAUGCCCUCAAUCUGCAGUUUGAUGAUUUCCUGAUGAGGAAUCACGAGUGGCUUUUGUGAUUGGGCAUCUUGAAAAGGGGGCGAGAGACUGGGUGAGACCCCUGAUGGCAGCGCAUAGUGACGUCCUAAAGGACACGAUGAAGUUCUUUCGCGCCAUGGAUCUGAUGUUUUCCAGCGAUAUUGAAAAGGGAGUGGUGCGCAGACAGUUAAUGGCUUGCAAACAGGGGAGCCGAUCUGUACGUGAGUACUGGACUGAGUUCACCAUGCUGAUACACAGAUUGGGGUGGGACUUAUCGGCGGAACCCAUUCAAAUGCUCUUUGAAGAAGGGCUUUCUUCGGCUGUGAAAGAUGAACUUUCCCGGGCGCCCAGGGCGGAGUCUAUGGACCAGCUGACCAAAUCAGCGCUGGCCAUAGGAGCGCGCCAGGAGGCGAGAGCAUUGGAGAGGCGGGAAGGGAAAGGGGAACGUUGGAAGGAGUUCCGCAUUCCAGACAUUCCAGAGCCAACUGUCCCGCCGGCAGAGCCGAUGGAAAUCGGAACAGCGGGCGCGCGCGCAGUUUCAAAGCCCAGUGAGGGGGAAAGAAGGAUGGAAAAGGCGCCCGGAAAUGCUAUCUCUGCCAACAGCCAGGGCACUUUGCCAGAGUCUGCCCCCAGAGGAAGGAAUGGCAAGGGAUGGUGGGAGCUGUGGAGGGAAGAGAGGAAAAAUACCGGAGCAACUAAAAGCCAACGCCUGGCUGCCAUUGUCGGGCACAGCAGCCAGGCCAAAGAGCAGUGAAAGUGCCCACCCAGAACCUCCUAAACCCGCCCUAGUGAUAGAAGUGACACUAGAGCUGCCAAACGGACACCCUCUAAAGAUAAAGGCGCUGUUGGACUCAGGCAGCUCCUGCAAUUUCAUGAGCAAAGAGUUUGCAGCUGAACACCAGAUACAGACGCCCCUUUAAGCAACCCCCUGCAGGUAACCACGAUCGAUGGCAGGGAGCUGUUGGGAGGAGAAGUCAGCUUGCAGACCGUCCCAAUGAUAAUGAAGGUGGCAAGGCACACCGAACUAAUAGCAUUUAAUGUGGCCACCUUGGGAGGAGCUCCCAUUAUAUUGGGGAUGAGCUGGCUAGCGUUACAUGAUCCGCUGGUGGGCUGGCAUCAAAGAGUGGUUUCUUUUGGGUCAGCACAUUGCUUAGAACAUUGCAAAGAGGGAAGGGUUUUGGCAGGGGCCCAAGCCACUCUAGCAGGGACUGAAGUGACGGAGAACGUGAAGGUACCACGACAAUACGCAGAUCUCCGCGACGUCUUCAGCGAAAGGGAAGCUGACCAACUACCACCGCAUAGAGCCUUUGACUGUCAAAUCAAUUUGCUUCCUGGGGCACAGCUCCCUGUGGGCAAGCUGUACGCCAUGUCAGACAGAGAGAUGCAGGAGCUAAGAGAGUUCAUUGACAAGAACCUGAAGAGAGGGUUCAUCAGAGAGUCCAGGGCGGUGGGGCAGCCCAGUGUUUUUGUGGACAAAAACACGAACAAGCCGAGACUGGUGUGUGACUUCAGGGCCUUAAAUGCAGUGUCAGAACCAGUGGCCUUCCCGAUGCCCAGGAUUGACGACAUUUUGACAAGGGUGCGGAAGGGAAAGAUUUUUACCAAGCUGGAUCUAAGGGGGGCGUACAACCUGAUACGAAUAAGGAAGGGGGAUGAAUGGAAAACCACCAUGUUCACCCCUUUAGGGGCAUUUGAAUACUUAGUUAUGCCCUUCGGUCUACAAGCAGGCUCCGCAACAUUUCAAUCGUUUAUGAACCACGUCCUGGGGCCGUUGCUUUACAAGAAUUGUGUGGCCUUCUUAGACGACGUGUUGGUGUAUUCUGAGAAUGAGGAGCAGCAUGUGAGAGACGUCAGAGAAGUGUUGAGCAGGCUGCAAGCCAACCAGCUGUGGGUGAAACUGGAGAAGUGUCAGUUUCAUACCAAGGAGGUGGAAUUCCUGGGGUAUCGCCUGUCUGACCCGCGCGCGGCCAUGGAUCCCGACAAGGUCCAGGCGGUACUGGAAUGGAAAACACCCAAAACAAGGAAGGAUGUGCAGAGGUUUUUAGGGUUUGGGAACUUCUAUCGUAAGUUCAUCCCAAACUUUGCCCACCUGACGGCGCCCAUUACGGACUGUCUCAGCAGUAAGAAGAAGUUCGUUUGGACGGAGGAGGCGGAGCAAGCAUUUGAGGAACUAAAAGGGCCUUCGCCUCGGAACAACAGCUCCUGCAUGUGGAUUUACAAAAACCGAUGAGAGUGGAAACUGACGCAUCAGACAGAGCGGUUGGGGCGGUGCUUCUCCAGCCAGGGAAGGAGGAGUCAGAGUGGAGACCGUGUGCUUUUUUUCGCGAAAGCUGAACAAAUCCGAGAGGAACUACACGGUGUAUGACCGAGAACUACUAGCCAUUCAUGAGGCGUUCCGGAGAUGGAGGCACCUGCUAAUUGGCGCACAACAUAAGGUGCAAGUGUGCACUGACCACAAGAACCUAGAGUAUUGGAGGACGGCACGAGUGCUCAACCAACGGCAAGUGAGAUGGGCCCAGGAAUUCUCCAAAUUUAACUUUGAGAUUUGUUACGUGCCAGGCCCAGAGAACAUUAGGGCGGACGCCUCUCACGCAAACCUGAAUAUUGGGAGGGGAGGGAGCACCCGAAGAGAGACAUGUCAUUCCAGAGGACCGCUGGGUGUGUGGGGCGGCAUUGGUGGGACAAAGAGAACUGGUAGAAGAAACAGAGAAUGAUGAAUACGCCCAGAAUAAGCUCAGAGGUCUUAGGGAUGAGGGAGAGGAAUCAAGGGGUUUCGAGGAAAGAAAUGGAGCUUUGUAUUACAAAGGGGCACUGUAUAUCCCUGAAGGAGACUUAAGGGGGAGGGUACUCAAGCAGUUGCAUGACAGCCCCACGGCGGGCAUUUUGGGCAACACAAAACCAUGUGGUUGGUCACCAGGGAAUUUUGGUGGCCUAAGGUGAGGGAGGAUGUACGUGAGUAUGUAAGAGGGUGCGAGCAGUGCCAGCGAGCCAAAGGGGAAAGGCGGGCGCCGGCGGGGCUAUUAGAACCCUUACCAACACCAGAACGACCUUGGGAGGCAGUGUCGAUAGAUUUUAUGACUGAUCUGCCGAAGUCCAAAGGGAAAACAGCCAUCAUGGUGGUGGUAGACCUACUAACAAAGAUGUGCCACUUUGUAGCUUGCUCGCAUGCAGUCACGGCGGAAGAGACAGCGAAGUUAUUUGUAGAACACAUUUUUAGGUUGCACGGGGUGCCAUUGAGGGUGGUCUCAGACCGAGGAAAACAAUUUACUUCCAGGUUCUGGAGGAAGCUCAUGAGCUUACUGCAGGUGGAGGUCAACUUUUCGACUGCCCGGCACCCUGAAACCAACGGGCAGGCGGAAAGAGCAAACGGUGUCCUCCAGCAAUACCUGAGGUGUUAUGUCAAUGACAGAGAGAAUGACUGGGUAGAAAAGUUGGCGCUGGCGGAAUUUGCCUACAACAAUGCCGAGAAUGUGUCCACAGGGAUGAGCCCUUCUUGGCUAAUUAUGGGUGUCAUCCCAGGGCUUUCCCAGGGGAGAAGGGGAGAGAUGGAGCGCACUGGCAGCCGAGCAUUUUGUAGAAGAAAUGGAAGCAAUCCACCGUCAGCUCCAACUCAACUUAGAAAGGGCGAAGGAAGAAUACAAGAGGCAGGCAGACAAGAACCGAAGGGAAGGUGAAACCAUAAGGGUUGGAGAUAGGUGUGGCUGUCAACCCGAGGGCUGCCGCUCAAAGGAGGUUGUAAGAAAUUACGACCCAGGAGGUUGGGUCCCUUUGAGGUCAUUCAACAGGUCAACCCAGUGGCUUUCAGGCUCCGGUUACCCAACCACAUGAAACUGCACCCAGUAUUUCACAGGUCGUUACUGUCACCGUACGAGGGGGGACGAGAAGGGAUGGCCACUGGGACCGGUCAUAGAAGAAAGAGAAUGCAGCAGUCAUGUGGCAGAAAUCCUUGAUGCCAGGUGGAAGGGGAAUCAGGUGGAGUAUUUGGUAGCGUGGGAAGGAGAACCGGAGUCAGAAAACACGUGGGUAAUGGCCAAAGAUAUCAAUGACGAGGUAUUGAUAGAAAUGUUCCAUCAAAGGUUCCCGCAGGAAACCUCAGCCUGUGGAGAGGUUCCGGAGGGAAUACUUUGGGACCACUGAGGAGGAGGAGGAGUUGGAAGGAUUCCCAGAAUCGGAAGGGGAAGGGGAGAUGGACUCGGAGGAGGAGGAGUGCUUCGAGACCAGGAACCGCAACAGGUGGAGAGAAGUGUUCGAGACAUCGGAAGAUGAAGGAAGUUCAUUCCGGGUUUUGCCUCCUCACCGCCCGUAGAGGAGGGGGCGAGAGGGGGUGAAGGGGGCCCUGGAGGGGGAGGUGGAUGUCAGGGAACUGCCAUCGGAAGGAAGGGAGGUGAAAGGACUCAGACAGGUUGGAAGAGAUUCAGCAGCUGAAGAGGGAACCAGCAAGGGGAGAGAAGCUGAACUGAGGGAGGUGAAAGGGCUCAGACAGGUUGGAAGAGACUCAGCAGCGGAAGAGGAAACCAGUAGGGGGAGAGAAGCUGAACUGAGGGAAAGGGAGCUGGGGGGAUGGCUCAGAGAUACUUCCAGCGAAAACAGUGGUGAGGUUUCCGGACCUCCUGUAGCGACACCCACUCCUCGCCGGAAACUGUCACGCAGAGAGUCCAGAAGACGUGUUUCCGUUAAGGAGCUUUUAUGUUGGAAGCGAUUACGAAAGCAACCACUGUCGGAAUCUUCUAGUGACUAGAGGAGCCAUGUCAGAGGGGCUCAGUCACAGACAGAGGUUUGUGGACUUGAACAAACUCUGAGGGAAUACGAUUUUACGCACAAGCAGCUCAUAAUCCCAUCACAAUAUGCAUGCCAUCCAAAAACAUUAUUAAACCCUUCCAAGUCCAACACAUCAGUGUCUUCAAGAAGUAGCCAGUCUUUUAGCCAGCAGAACGCUGCGGCUUCAUAAUACAACUUUAAGUCCGGCAGGGCAAAGCCCCCUCUUUGUUUUACAUCAGUUAAUAUCUUAAACUUGAUUCUGGGCUUUUGCCCUGCCAGACAAACUUCAAAUAUCUCUCUGCCACUUCUGAAAGCACUCCGCUUUGUCCAAAACCUGAAGUGUUUGAAAUAAAAACAACAUCCUUGGCAAUACAUUCAUCUUAAUAGCAGCAAUUCGGCCUAACAAAGAAAGUUUCAAUUUUGACCAACUGUCUAAGUCUCUCUUAAUUUCUGCCCAACAUUUUUCAUAGUUAUCCUUAAAUAGACUUAGAUUUUUUGCUGUUAUGUUUACCCCUAGGUAUUUUACUUUUUUAACCACAUUAAGUUCCGUCUCAUUCUGAAACCGUUCUGACUCUGUAUCAGUCAAAUUUUUCCCCAAAACCUUAGUUUUCUGUUUAUUUAAUUUAAAUCCCGCCACCCGACCAAAAUCAUUAAUCAAUUGUAAUACUCUUUUCGUACUGGGCUCUGGCUUCUGCAAGGUCAAAACCAGGUCAUCUGCAAAAGCUUUUAGUUUAUAUUGUUUCUGACCAACCUGAAUUCCUUCCACCAACCGAUCCCUCUAAUCAUGUUCAGUAGCACUUCCAGAACCGAAAUAAAUAACAAAGGGGAAAUAGGGCAACCUUGUCGUGUCCCUUUUUCAAUUUUAAACUCUUCUGUGACCACAUUAUUAACUAUCAGUUUAGCUUUCUGUUCUGAAUAUAUCGCCUCAAUCCCAUUCUCAAAACCCCGUCCCACUCCCAUCUCUUUUAAAUUUCCCAUCAUAAAUUUCCAGGAAAUAUUGUCAAAGGCCUUCUCCGCAUCUAUGAAAAUUAAAACUGCUUUUGUAUUUAUAUCUGUUUGCAGAAGUUCCAAGAUGUCAAUAAUGUUCCUUGUGUUAGCAAACAGAUGUCUACCUGGGAGAAAACCGGCCUGGUCCUUAUGAAUUACUUCAUUUAAUACUUUUUAAAUCUACUUGCCAAAAUAUCUGCAAAUAUUUUGUAAUCCACAUUUAAAAGAGAGAUGGGACGGUAGUUCUUCAGUUGUGUCUUUUCAGCUUCUGACUUUGGUAUUAAUGUGAUGAACGCUUCCUUCCACGAAUCCGGUGCCCUCUCCCCUCAAUAAUUUCAUUGCUGACCUCCAUCAAGGGUUGUAUCAAAUAGUCUUUUAAUGUCUUAUAAUACUUGGAGGUCAGCCCAUCUGGCCCUGGAGAUUUGCCAAGUUGCAUGUUCUGAAUAGCUUGUUCAAUCUCCUGUCGUGUUAUUUUAGAGUUCAGGAUUGUCCUGUUUUCUUGUGACAAUUUAGAUAGUCCAUUUUUGGCAAAAAUUGUUUAAUCUCAACUUCGUCUUGCGGCCCUUGGGUGUAUAAUUUUUAAAAUAUCUCUGGAAACACUUUCUAAUAUCCACUGGAUUCUGAAUGUUUUUUCCAUCAACCUCUAAGUUUGUAACCGUGUUUAAUCUUUGUCUUCUCUUCAACUGCCAAGCUAGCAGUUUUCCACAUUUAUUCGCCGACUCAAACGUUUUUGUUUCAUUAAUUUAACCUUCCAUUCAAUUUCCUGAUUUAUCAAUUUAGAAUAUUGUGUUUGAUAGAGUUUAAUUUCUCUCAGAGUUGGCUGUGACUUUGGAUUCGCUCUUAAUUUCUUCUCUAAUUCUUUUAAUUUGUCCAAGAUCUUAUCUUUUUUCUCAUUUUGUGUUCUUUUCUUUACUACAUUCUGUUGUAUCAAGAAUCCCCUCAUUACAGCUUUGCUUGCGUCCCAGACAAUUCUUUUUCCACCGAAUUGUUCAUGUUUAUCUCAAAAUAGUCCUUCAAAACUUUUUGGGCCUUCUUGGUAAUUUCCUGAUCUCUAAACAAAUUGUCAUUCAUCUUCCAUCUAAAGGAUCCAGUUGGUAGUAGUGUCAUAUCCAUCUUUACUGCAUUAUGGUCAGAGCAGGUCUUUGGGCAGAUUUCCACUUUUCUGACCUUAGGUGCCAGGCCUCUGGAAAUCCAUAUUUGGUCGAUUCUUGUCCAGGUCAGUUGGGCUUCAGAAAAGAAUGUUCCUUCUCUACCUAGUGGGUUCUUUGUCCUCCAAAUGUCAAUCAAAUCCAUAUUGUCAGUCAUUUCAAAAAAGUUUUAGGUAGUCUGCCGUCUUUUGUAUCUUUUUGACUUUGUGACUUGUCCAUGUUAGUUGACACGACCCUGUUGAUGUCUCCCUUCAUUAUGAUGUUGUUGUAAUCCAGAUAUUCCAGCAUUGUCCCCUGCAGCUUCUUGUAAAAUUCCGAUUUCCCUUCGUUAGGUGCAUAGAUUCCUAAUAUCAACAGUUUCUCUCCUUGAUAUUGUAUCUCAAUGGCCAAAAUUCUUCCAUGUUCAUCUUUAAAUAAGAAUUUAGGUGACAGGCUCUCUUUUGCAUAUAUCACCACGCCUCUCUUCUUAACUUUGUCCGACGAAACAAAUUCCUGGCCCAAUCUUUUAUUUAUUAACACUUUUCUGUGGAGCCUCGUCACAUGUGUUUCUUGUAAACAGAUAAUGUCCAAUUGUUCUUUUUUAAUAUAUGAAAUAUUUUCUUCCUUUUUCCGGAAUGUUACAACCAUUAAUGUUCCAACUCAGCAAUUGCAGAGACAUCCUGGAUCUAUCUGGUUAUUUCUCCAGGGGUGGUGUCUUCUCUGGAUCUUCAGGUUCCCCAGGUGCUGGUGUUGAUACUGGCUUUGCCCCAGGCCCAGAGGGUAAUUCAAUUCCUUUUUGAAGGUCCUCUCCGUAUGUAGCCAAAAAUUUGUCUCUCUCUUCCAAUGUUCUAACUUUGACCUUUCUCCCUUUAAAGGUAAAAGAUAUUCCUUGUGGAAAUUCCCACCUGAAUGGAAUUGCGUUGCUCCUUAGUAGUUUAGCAAGUUCAGAAUAGGCGGCUCUAAGAUCCAGCAGUUGUCUUGGAAUAUCUUUAUAAAUUUCAAUUCUUCUGUCCAAAACCUCCAGUGACUUUCCGUAAUGUAGGCCCAAAAUCUUAUCCCUUUCCUCCUUUGAUCUCAAUGUAAUCAAACAAUCUCUGGGCCUCUCCUUCUUUGUGAAUCUUCCAAGUCUGAAAGCCGACACAAUUUUAAAAUCCUUUUCUUCCAAAUUCCAGAACUUGGAAAAUUCUUUGGUCAAAAACUCAGUUAAAUUUCCUUCUUCUGCCUCUUGUAAUGAUCUAAUCCUCAAAUUAUUCUCACGAUUUCGCAGUUCUAUCAUGGAAAGAUAAGUCUGAUGUUCCCCAACUUGUUUGUCCUUCCAGUGAGCACUCAGGGCUGAUUUCCUUCAGAAUGGAUAGGCAUGAUCUUCUUGCAGUCCAUGGGACUCUCAAGAGUCUCCUCCAGCACCAUAAUUCAAAAACAUCAAUUCUUCGGCGAUUCCCCUUCAUGGAUCACUGCCUUGCCGUGGCGAAGGGGCUUGAAUAACUCGGAGAAGCUAUGAGCUAUGCCAUGCAGGGCCACCCAAGAUGGACAGGUCAUAGUGGAGAGUUUUGACCAAACGUGAUCCACCUGGAGCAGGAACCGGCAAGCCACUCCAGUAUCCCUGCCAAGAAAACUCCAUGGACAAAGACAAAAGGCAUAUAUUGAUGCUUUGGACUAUAAUGUAAGUUAAAUUGAAAAUUAUCUUUAGAAAGAUUUUUCCUCCAAAAGAAUUUUAUUUUAAAAAUCUGAUUUAAAUUUAAAAACUUGGUAGGAGCAAAAACGAGUGCUGUGGAUCAGGGAACAGUUUUCCGACCAAGGGAAUACGGCCAUUGUCAUGGACUGGUUGGACCCCGCGGAAUGGUGGGAGGAACCAGCUGGUGUUGGUGGGGCAGGGCCCCAUUUUCCCAAAUGCACCAGCCUCCACUGUUUGACUGAUUAGAUUGGUAGGAUUCUGGCCCAAUCAGAGCACAGUCUCUAUUGUCUUUUAUUUAUGAUUUUCAGUUAUAUGCAUUUCAAUAGUUUUACAAUCAUUCUAACAUUUCAGAAUUCGACUUCCUCCUCUUUCUGUUGUUCCUUAUUAUUUUUUUACAUUUCCUGCAUAUUCUAAAUUUAUUCUUUUAUUCAUCUACUUUAAAUAUUUGCUUUUAUGAAACUGUAGGUUAUUACAAUAGUCCAGCCAAUGUCCUUAUCUGUUUGCAGUUUGUUUGUAAAUAUUCAAUAAACUAUUUCAGUUCUUUUAUAAAUUGUUUAUUACCUUGAUUUCUUAUUUUUCUGGUAGGUUUCACCAUUUCUGCAUAUUCCAUACGUUUUUAUAUCCAUUCUUCUUUUGUCAGGGCUUCUUCUUUCCAUUUUUGGGCAAAUAACAUUCUUGCCGCUGUAGUCGCAUACAUGAAUAAAUUUCUAUACAGUUUGGGUAGUUCUGUCCCUAUAAUUCCCAAAAGAAAAGUUUUUUACAAAUGUUAUUUUAAACAUCUUUUUCAAUUCAAUAUAUAUCAUUUCCCAGUAAGCUCUAACCUUACUAUAAGACCACCACAUAUAAUAAAAAAACCUUUCUUUUUGCAUUUCCAACAUUUACUUGAUUUAUACAUUUUUCCCCAAUUUACUUGGUGUUAAAUACCAUCUAUAUAACAUUUUCAUAUAAUUUUCUCUUAAACCAUAGCAUGGUGUAAAUUUUAUAUCCGUAUUCCACGGUCGUUACAAUGCUUCCAUAUCUGUAAUAUAACCAAUAUCUAAUGCCCAAUGUGUCAUUGAAGAUUUUACUUGCUCAUCCUUUGUCUCCCAUUCCAAUGAUAUCUAAUGCAUUUUAGAUAGCACUUUGACAUUACAUUCCAACAGAUCUCUCUCCAAUUGUGAUAUUCGUUCUAUUUUAGAUGCUUGUUGAAGACAUGAUUCUUUCAGUAAGACUUUCCGCAACCAAUGCACGAUGGUGCCUGCAACCGGUUGCUGGUUCCUUGCCCUGAUUGCUGGCCUGCGUCCAUUGGCUCCAUGUCACCCCAGGUUCUUGGACCAGGGCACCUUCUGAAUUUCCCAGAAUGCCACAAAUCACUCUGGGGCAUCGUGGGAAAUGAAAAUCUCAAAAGCCAGGCCAAGGAAGGCUUUUGUUCUCCCAAUUCAUAUCUCUAUUGAAAUUGAUUUUAUAUUUGUGUGUGUGUGUCUGUGUGUAAUUGUUGCUUUUCAUUGUUUUACAUGUAAUUGUGCAGAUUUUGUUUUGUUUUGAAAUUAUUUUUAGAGAUAAAGUUGUUUUAACUGCUUUGAUC